AUGUGUAUGGCUGCGAAAUCUACCAAACCACCAUUAGCUCGAUGCUUUGAAUUGCCUACUCAAAUAUACAUUUCGAUUUUCAACCCAUUUAUUAUUUUAGGAAUAGAAGGACGCUAUGUAAGUGCUUUAUAUAGUGCAGCUUUACAAAUGAAGCAAAUAGAGCAAGUUGAAAAACAUCUGCUAGCUUUACAAAAAGAACUUCUAAAGCCAAAGAUUGUAGACUUUGUAGAGACAAGUUUGAUAUCAUCAGCUGAUAAGGCUAAAUUGAUGAAAGAGGUUGGAGAACAAGUUGGUAUGCCCCCAGCAGCUAUAAAUUUUCUCGCACUCGUAGCUGAGAACGGUAGGUUGAAAAUGCUCAGAAAAAUGAUAACUAUGUUUUCUGCGGUCAUGGUUUCUCAUCGCAACGAGGCUCUCUGUGAGGUUAUAACUGCUAAACCACUGGACGACUCCACUCGGAAAACUCUCAUGGACGCUCUCAAAAAAUUAACAAAAGGAGGAAAAAAUGUUCAACUUACUGAAAAAAUUGAUCCCUCCAUUAUAGGAGGUAUGAUUGUUGGUAUUGAAGACAAACAUAUCGAUAUGAGUAUUGCAAGAAAAGUACAAAUGUAUACAGACAUUUUAAAGCAAGCUGUUUGAGUGUUCCAAAUACUGAUAUGAAAUGUUGACUUUAAAAUAAAAACGUAUCUUAUUUUUUAAUAAUUUAUUAUACCUAUUAAAUUAUGAAUUAUCUUACGUACUAUAUUAAUACGUUUUAUAUUACACAGUAAUCUUUAUGGCCAAUUA